UCAAUCAUUUCCUUGUAAAAUACCGUCCUCUAUUUUAUUUCGAGUAAUACAACUAAUUACACCCAAACCAUCGGUCAUCUUCCUCUUCAUUUCGUCCUAACCUUCGCCAUUGAUAAUCCGACAAACCUGAAACCACCUAGCAACCGACGGCGUUUGGCUGUCUUUUGAUGCUCUGGCCUGAACACCAGCUCUCCUGCUUCGGCUUCUCUUCGUUCGCUUUCAUUCUUCGAUAGGAAGGAUUAGGGCUACGUCUAGGGUAUCUUCUCUCGUAAUUUUUUAUAGGGGAGUUCUGGCAUCAAUGGCGUCUUCGACGGAGGGUUUGGUGCCGAUCACGAGGGCUUCUCUUGCUCGAUACUACGACAAGUACCCUGCGCCUGCUAUCUCUGAAGACGUUAACCGCUUGACCGCGGAGCUACGGAGUCUCUCCUUCAAUCUCUUGGAAGACUUACCCCUGGCCCCUGGCGAGCAAUUGGUUGCAGAGGAAGCAGACCGUAAUCCUCCUCAUAAAGUUGAUGAGAACUUAUGGAAAAACAGAGAGCACAUUGAGGAAAUCUUACAUUUGCUUGAUAAAUCUCACCUUUCAGGAUUGAAAAGAGAAAAGAUCGAAGAUGUUAAUAUUGAUAAAUUUGUCGAAGAUGUACAAGUCCCACUGCAGAAGACUUUGAAGGAAUUGGAGGAAUUCCAGUCCAAAAAUUCUGAUUUUAUAUUUAACACAGUUAUGACCUACAUGCCACAAGAUUUUCGAGGAACUCUCAUUAGGCAGCAACGUGAACGCUCAGAGAGGAAUAGACAAGCGCUGGUUGAUACUUUGGUAAAUUCUGGUGGAAGUAUUCAUGAUCGUUAUGCUUUGCUGUGGAGUCAGCAGAUGGAAAGACGGAGGCAGCUAGCUCAGCUUGGUUCUGCUCAAGGUGUCUACAAGACUGUCGUUAAAUAUUUGGUUGGCGUACCACAGGUUUUGUUAGAUUUCAUAAAGCAAAUUAAUGACGAUCAAGGACCCAUGGAAGAACAACGGCAACGUUAUGGACCUUCUUUAUAUAGCCUUACAAAGAUGGUGCUUUCAAUUCGGUUUUUCCUGCUACUUUCAUGCGGACGCCUUGAGAAAAUAAAACUACAGAAGGAUCAACUAUCAGUUAUACAGGAGGCUGUUGAAGUUUACACUUCUGAGUUGGAUAAAUUCAUUAAAUUUAUUCGUGUAGUCUUUGUGAAUUCUCCCUUCUUUAUACCAGCCGAGGAUGCUGGUGAUGCAGAAUCAAGGAAGGGCGACGACUACAAAGAAACAGUUGUUCCUCCUGGGAAAACACACGAGGUCAUUUUGACAGUAGAAGCUGUGAAUUCAUACAUUGCUUGGGAAUUUUCUUUGACCCAAGGAACACUGAGUCUGGGACAGGAUAUUGGUUUUCAUGUGGAGUAUGUUAAUCCAUCUGGAGAUGUUACACUGAUAUUACCUUACCGGCGCUAUUAUUCUGACCAAGGAAAUUUUUGUACAAUCUUGACUGGAUUGUACAAACUUGUCUGGGAUAAUUCUUAUUCAACAUUUCUUAAGAAGUACUUGAAGUACAAAGUCGAUGCUGUGCCGCCCGUUGAUCCACCAGAGCCUGUUAAUGAAUCAAUAUGAAGCUAUUCUUCCCCAAAAGUGUAGAUUUGAAAGUUGUUCUAUAGAAUUAUUCAUGCCAUAUUCCGCACUAAUUGGUUUAUAUGUUUGUCACCCUCAAUCGGGCAAAUGCGUGCGCUGGUCUUCGAGCUGCUCUUUGUAACUCUUGAUUUGUAUUAAUUUACUGGCCUUCCAGCAAUGUUAUUUAUUUAAGAAAUAAUCAGUCAUUGUUGGGAGGACUUGUAUUCUUCCUUGGCCUGGAUUAUGCCAUUGUAUUCUGAAUUUUUGUAUUGUUGUAGAGCCUGUGUAUCAAAAAUUACAUUUCAUUAUGUUUCAAGUUUAUGUAGAUUAUGGGAUAUUUCCUAAUAUGGUAUG